AUGGUCCUCAAGCGCAAGCGCUCCGAGUCCGAGCUCUCCCUCUCGUCCUGCGGCACCGCGUUCAGCUCACCACCACGACCCGACGCAUCGCACGCCGGCAUGGACCUCACCUCGCCCACGCCGUCGUGCCGGUCCGGAAUGGCGACGCCGUCCCACCUCCCCAGCCGCACCAUGAAGCGCAUCCGCGACUCCCGACCCUCGGACGAGGAAGUGCACCGUAAGUUCUACGAGUGGCGCGCCCACCACCAGCACCAGCGCCGUCGGGGUGGAAGCAGAGGCUCAUGCGCGGCUAUGACUACAGAGCGGACCAUCGACAUGCUGUUCUCAGCGGCGCGAAAGACGCAGGCACAGACGCAGCCGCAACCACAGUACCAGCAAGACGACCAGCAAUCGGCUCCCCAGCCCCAGCAGCAGCAACAGGCGUCGCUCCACGCCUUCUGGAACAUCCCAGCCCCAACACAAUCCGCUGACUCGACGUGGGGUGUUGUGUCUCCACCCCGCAUCGACACCGCCUCGCUUUACGCGCCGUCGAACUGCGAGGAUUGCGGCCAGGGACUGCGCGGUGGUGACGGCAGCGACGACAUGGACGUGGACAUGGACGGUGACGGACUGGGCGCCGAUACGACGGAGGCCACGGGGUGCGCCGGGUGUGGCAAGCAUGUGUGCACGCACUGCUCCAUCACCAACCUUGGCCAGCAGAGGCAGUGUCUCAUCUGUGCCGGCAAGAAGGUAUGGGUUGGCGGCCUUGGGUGGACGGCCGGCGCCGUUGGGGUCUGCUGA